AUUGAAGAUAAACACUAGCUGGUCUCGCGCUGUGUGGCACGUCAACUGUGUCUUGACUUGACCUGAACGAUUUGUAGAGCUUUGCUGUGACAGACAAGUACUUAUAUCCAGAACCACGUCUUCUUCGGGACUACCUUAAUAUCGUAACAGAACCAAACGAGAGCUCCUAAGAUGUCUCCUGAAGACCGUGGGGCAGGAAUGAGUUUGACGAAUCGACUGAUGUCAGUGGGGAAGCCCAGUUGAUUGCUUUUGUGCAAUACAAAGACAUUUCGGAAAUGAAUGAGCACAUUCUGUUCUGCAAGAAGCUAACGGGGAGAACUACAGAGAGGCAUUGGCUAGCAAGAGAAGGAGUCCUGAGUUACAUGAUGUUUUGAAGGACAAAGCGACAGUGAUUCACUUUAUCAAGUCCAGGCUUCUGAAUCACCGAUUGUUUGAAAGGCUCUGUGAUGACAGCGGGACUGAGCACAAGCAGCUACGGCUUCACACCGAUGUCCGUUGGCUAUCCAGAGGGAAAUGCUAGCGGCUUUUUGAGCUGCGUGGGGAACUGGGAGAUCAUUGAUGCGGGCCAGGACAGCAGAUCUGGAGCUGGGCUACAGGUCACAGACUCCUGGACGAGCUUCAAGCUCUUUCUGCAGGAGACCUCCUCCUUCAAGCAGCAGAAUCCAGGCAAGUUUUGCUUGCUGGUCUGCAGUUUGUGCACCUUUUUGGCUGUCUUAGGACGCUACAUUCCAGGUGUUCUCAUCUUAUAUGUUUUAGUGCUGGGAGUCUUCCUGUGGCCACUGAUGACAGCGCAUGACUUUGGGUUGUGGAUGAAGCCAGUUCUGCAGAAGCUGGACUUCGGACUGGAAAGAUUCCUUCAGAAAAUCAGAGAGAAUCAUGAAAAGAGACUCCUUCUGGCACAAGCUGACCGGGAGAGUAUUGAAGCCGAUCUGUCCUCCCUUUUCCCCAAGUUGGACUCCACAGUUUGUAAGGAGAUGUCGAUAUCGGAUACAGAGGCCUCUGAUGUAACGUGGACAGACAACGGAACGUUUAACCUGUCUGAGGGACAUACGCCCCAGACUGAGAACUCAGAUGACCUAGACAGAGAAGAACUAUUCAUAGGGGGCCUCCCGGAAUUCCCCUCCUUGGACAACGGCACCAAUGGGGAGGACGAUGACGACCUGAGCAUCGGCCUACCCACACCCCCUCCCCAACCCCAGCACAGCAGAGCCAAGGGGGGGUCCGUGCCCCCGCUCCAGGGGGACCCUUCCACCCAGGCCAUGGAGUUUGUCCACAAGAUGGCGGGCAAUGUCAUUGCAGCCGCUGCCACCGCUGUCAUUCAGGAGAGGCUGGAGGCCGCCAUCGGUAGCACCAUACCCACAGACCCCCACCCCAGGUCCCUGCUGUUCCCCAACCCCACGACACUGCUGCCCCUGGACCUGGCAGAGGAGUCGUCAUCGGACAGCGAUGUGGAGGAAUUUGAGCUGCUGGACCAGUCCGAGCUGGAGCAGCUGGAAGGGGAGCUGGGCCUUGGGGCGAGCGCAGGAGUGGCGGCCAAAGAGCCCAAAAAAUCAUUGUCUUCUUCCAGUGGCUUCUUUUCAAAACUCCUGGGCCGCCAUUGAUUAGAGCAGGGGUGUCAGGAGGAUGUGGUGCAGUUCUAGUAUGGGGUUAGAGGAUAGAGGGCACAUGGAAACAGAGAGAGGCCUUGUUUGGGGGGUGGGGAGGAUAGGGGUGCAGAGACUGGGGGUUUGGCGAAACAAUAUGGUGUUGCAUUCUUUUUCCAGUUGUACUAAUAAUGAAUAUUCCGGCAUUACAUGAUCGAUAUGUUCGAGAGCGAAAGGAAGGGAGUGUUCAGCAAGCAUGAUGCUAUAUGGAGCUGUGGAGUUGUCAGGGGGCUGUGUCAGUGUUGGUGUGGUGAGAUUGUAACUUUUAUUUAACGAUUUUCACAUCAUCAACCUGUAGUAAAGUUAUGGGUAGGAAUGGAAUGUGGUGGUGUUUCUGAUUUGCUGCCAAAAGGACAAGAUUUGUGUUUUGUUGGUUAAUUUCUUCAACAGAUGAUCAGGUCUAUAUAAUUAUCAAACAUACAUUAGUAAUGGAAAGGAAACACAGACUUUUUGUUUAAGUAUUAAAAUACUAAUUUCAGUAAUACAAUUGUAGGCAGAAAUUGAUGCAGAGUACAGUAUAUGAUAGUUCUCCCCAAGUUCUGCAAAGUGUCUAAGAGAUCCUGUAACUCAUCGCCUCCCCAAUCCCCCUUACAUAACUUUCCCUAGCAACAACAUUUUAAUAAAUCUAACCUCCCCUCUGACAGCAGGAACCAUCUUAUCAGCAAGUAAAAUCUCAGAUGUGGAUUUGACCAAAAUCACAAGUAUAGAGUCAUAACAAGGUGAACGAGUCUAAGCAUCUUCUGAGAAGGGACUGGUUUCAUCAGGUCUGUGGCAGCCUUGUGUUCUCAGAGAACCAGAUAACACAGGUCUGUGGCAGCCUUGUGUUCUCAGAGAACCAGAUAACACAGGUCUGUGGCAGCCUUGUGUUCUCAGAGAACCAGAUAACACAGGUCUGUGGCAGCCUUGUGUUCUCAGAGAACCAGAUAACACAGGUCUGUGGCAGCCUUGUGUUCUCAGAGAACCAGAUAACACAGGUCUGUGGCAGCCUUGUGUUCUCAGAGAACCAGAUAACCACGGUGGGAUCCAGACAGGAAGAGUCUGGAGUCUGACACUUCUGAUAGUGUCUGAAGGGCACAACACUCAAAACAGAUGUUAACACACACACACACACACACAGGUCUCCUGAGGAGACCUUACAAUUUAUCAUAACAUAAUUUAAUGAAACCCUAUAAAAGGUAUGAGGCCUUGGUUUAACCUUCUUUAGUUUCAAGAUUCAUACACUGGCCGAUUGGGCCCAUUCAACUCCAUCACCCAUUAAUCUACAGUACAGCUUAAUUCGACCAGACCUACGACAACGCUGACAAUCAUCUGUGCUAACAAUGGAACCAAUUGUACAAACCCAUACUGUUUGUGCAUAUUGGUUCUUACUGAAGCACAAGUAAGGUAACAAAUCCUGUAGUUAACUGGAACAUGCAACGAUGGGAUGACAGAUAAUAGUAAAAUUAUAUUUUGUAUAUUUUUUUUUUCUUUUCGUUUUUUUUUUAAAUUUUGUAUAUUGUUCACGGAGUCAUAAUAUAGGUGAGGGACUUCACAUUUUCGACAUGCAGUAGGUCUCACGAUAUUAUGCUAAUUAUUAUGCUAAUUAUUAUGCUAAUCUUUUGACCUUUAACGGAUGUUCAGUAACACUUUUCUAAAAAAGAGAUAUUCCUCUCAAAUCUAACAUAAAACCUUAUAUUUUGAGUGGAACAUCCUUUUAAAGUUCAUUGUCUGUCGCACACCAGAAAUAACAUGCACAAGCACUUACAAUAAACUAUUCCGGAAAAGGACAUGGGGGGAACAGAGGGUUAAAUACACAACAUGUAAUGAUGGAAUUGAAAACAGGUGUGUGGGAAGACAAGACAAAACAAAUGGAAAACGAAAAGUGGAUUGAUGAUGGCUAGAAGCCCGGCGACGCCAAACGCCGAACAGGGAGAGGAACCAACUUUGGUGGAAGUCGUGAUAGUGGCUGACAUAUGACUGACACAAGAAUGUUGUAAUUUCUCUUUGAAAAUUUUGUGACAAACCAUUUAUAAGUUCAUUGGGCACUGACUUUUUUUUCCUGUCAAUGUUUCCUUGUCUGGUGACUUUGUCAGGACAAAGUAAUUGAACUGAAAUAGCACUUGAUUCAUUCUGCUUGUGAAUGGUUCAUCAGUCACAAACUAGUGUUAUGUCAGUGUUAUGACAGAAUCCAUGUCAGUCAGGUAGCAGUAUUAUAAAGCUGUUAUAGCUCUCUAUACUUCAAGCAAAGUGUUGCUCCACAUUUUAUUUGUACUUGUACCUUAUUAUUUGACAAUGCAACUAGGCACUUUGGACAUAAUCACUUAGUAGUGACCGUUUUAAACUUCAUGCAAACAGAAUGUAAGAUCUCUUUCGUUGGACAUGAAAGAUUCACCAUAACAACUUGCACGGUACAUGAUUGAGGUUGUCUGUCGAUCGCAAAGAGGUCAUUUAGAAAAUUCACCCCAAAAUGUUUAGGUGGGGAUAUGCACCUGCAAGUUGCCAUUGUUACUGUGUAAUUUGUUUUAAGUUAAUGUUCGCCUUCUUGAGUAAAGUUGAAGGGCUAACUGAGCUCAAUAUGUCAUAAGGAAUUGACCAGGCCCACAAAUUGGGGAAAACAAACAUUGUUUCCUAUUGACCCCCAUUGUAAAAGAGCCAACUUCGUCAUAGAUUUUUUUGUUGUGCCGAAAAGCUGUAACCAGGUCAAAAAUCCCGACCUACGGUUCGCAAUGCUCCCAUGUAGGAAAAUAGAGCCUGGGAGAAGAGCCCUUUGGCUUCAGGCUAUUCGGCAUCAGAGAGUGGGAAAUUGUGGGGACCCGGUGUCAAAGUAGGCUACACGUACCUAUGUGUGUGGAAAACAUUUAAUGACAGAUAAAGACAUUAUUUAACUUGAUUAGUAUAGUCUGUUUGUAGCUACUUGUAGCUGUAUAGUCCAUUUGCUUGCGUUUUUGGUAUUGGCUAGCUUAAUGUUUCGGUCGUAGCUAGCUAGCACUCACUCUCACGUGGCUGCUAGCACCAUAAUGAAAAGGGGCAUGAAGGAAUUCCUAUAAUAUGACCUUCUAAGUAGUGAGAAUGCUCGGGAGCAGGCAAUGUUAAAAAUGAAUCUUUAGACGUACUUUUCUGAAAUGUAGUUUUGUAAUUGACUUAAGACAAGCAGACAACAAGAGAAAGGUCAAGUUGUUGCUGUGAGCCAAUGGGGUAACCUAGGUAACCACCAUUUUUUUUUGUUGCCAACAGGCAGGCUGGGCCUGCUGCAGUUCUAUCUAAUACCGACUGGGACUAUCCAAACAAAAUAAUAAAAGUUAUCAGACCAGGCUUGUGUUUCCGAUGAUUGACAAGGGUAGGAGGUACAUCCUGGGGGAAAAUAUAUUUCAUAUUGCGCAACACUUAAUUGAUUAUUGAAUAUGCCAAUAAUAAACCCCUGUGCUAAAAACAAGAUUGACAACAUGUAAUAACCAUUAAUUCUUGAUUCUCCAUCAUUAUAGCCUGCCUUUUUCUAAAUAUAUGCUAUGACUGUCAAGACAAAUAUAUGCAUUUUACACCACGGAUAAUGAACAUAUAGCAUAUAAUCGGGAGUUUAAACAAGCCAUUUAUUGAUUAACAAUAGCCAUGAGUUAUUAUGCAUUCUGUUCGCUAUCAUGUCAAAUCAUGGCAGUAUGUGAUUGCCUUACAGUGACAAAUCCACUGAACUGUGUCUUUAAACUGCUCAAUAGUUUCCUCACAUUAGAAAGAUCAUCUUACACACUUGUGAGUUGUUAGUUAUUUGUCUGAAGUGAAGCAUAAUCAAAAUGUAGUUGUAUGUAAAUGAUCAAGAAUAUUAUUAAUAAAGUGUGAAAAUGUAACACCUUG